AGGACCAUGGGUUUGGGAUUCCAUUCUCCUCUCAAGGAGAAGAGAGGCUAAUGAAUGCAAAAGUACCCAAUUCCUGAAAAUUUCUUCCAGUCUCCAUUAUAUUUUUCAACUACUCCUCUGACCACCUAUAGCUGUACUGGAAUUUAAUUUCAAGGGAACUUUUAAUAUUUUUUUCAGGCUGAUUAAUGCUUUUGCGACCAACUAACUCCCAUCCACUCCAAAGGCCACGACUUUGUUUUUGCUCUCUCUCAUUCAAUGCACUUAUUUUCUCGGCCUUCAUUAAUAAUAACUGGAAACUUUACAAUAACAAAGUCUUGUACUCUUAGUACUAACACUUGGUUUCCCUCUUCCAAUUCCGCUAUGAUGUUUAGGUUGGUUUGACGUAAACGCAUACUUAUGUUGAGAAAUUCGACAUCAAUAUCGCACAACUAUCAAAUAUAGAUUCAUAGGGUCAUUUGGAUGAGGAAUUGUAACGGAUCAAUUUGACACAAUUGUCUCGUUUUGAGACAAUUGUACCAAAUUGCCUCGUUUGCCAGCAAAAAAAUUGGAUGGAUCAAUCUGCCUGAGGUAUUUUGAAUUGAUCCAUUUUGUGUCAAUUUCAAUUACCUGGGGUGGGAGCAGGUAAUUCGAAUUGACUCGUUUUAAUUGCCUCGUUUAUAAAACGAGACAAUGGAUCAAAUUGACUAAUUUACAAAUUGAUCCAUCCAAACGACCUAGAGGAUGAUCACAUGUGUGGUAGCCUUUAAUUUUGUCGUUUCCGAAACUAAUCCAAUUUUUAUUUCGACGGUAAAUAUUGCUUGAUUAGUUGAUUGUAACAUGUCAAAGUCAGUCAAACCUUCUUGCUGGCUGACAUGGUAACCUAUUCCCGAUAAGUAGUGUGUGGGAGGAAUUGUAACAAAUCAAUUUGACAUAAUUGUCUCGUUUUGAGACAAUUGUAACAAAUUACCUCGUUUGCCAGCAAAAAAUUUGGAUGGAUCAAUCUGCCUGAGGUAUUUUGAAUUGAUCCAUUUUGAGUCAAUUUUAAUUACCUGGGGUGGAGCAGGUAAUUCGAAUUGACUCAUUUUAAUUGCCUCGUUUAUAAAACAAGACAAUUGAUAAAAUUAACUCAUUUCUAGAUUGAUCCGUCCAAACGAACCCUAAUGUCAUCAACGGAAAAUUAAUUAAAUACGAAGCAGAGCAAGAAAAGAAGCAAACCAUUAAUUAGCGUAGUUAUUAGGUCUAGGUGGCUUUCACAUCACAGUAGACGGCUUUGAUCUUUGUAUUUUAGGGUUCAUUUAGUGACAGGAAAAAGUAGUUUGUACUCGGGAUAGUGAGUGAUUUAUUAGUAAUUUGUUGACUAAGUUAUACAGUAGAGACCACGAUGCCGUAUUAAUUAUAAAAGGUGGCGAAAAUCGGUGCCGUACCAGCAUGUUGGUUAGAGGUUUGCAAGCAUGUUCCUUUCCAAUAAUCGCAUCGAUCUUGAAUGAGACGGAAAAAAAAAAAUAGAACGCGGACCUGGGUCGAAUCAAAAGCUUAUUUGAGUCGGCUACAUUUAGUGGGAAUUAAACGUUGUUUGAAAAAUAUAAUCUAAUUCGAUCAAAAAAUUGAUUCAAUUCUACUCAAUUGAGGAAACAGAUUAAAUUGAUCAUAUGCUCAUAAUAAAUCAAAUUGUUGAACACUCUAAUAUUGAUCAGCUCGUUGUAGUAGUGCACCUCUUUUUUUAGUACGGAAUAGUAGCAUCUAUUUGAAUGUUCUUUCUCUGUUACCAUAUGAGAUAUAUUGUUCCCGCGACCGACAAUAAUAACCAAACCGUUCAUCCGAUGUAAGCGGAAAUGAGUAAAAAAAAACAUGAACAUAUAUGGAGAUUUGUUUGACAAUUAGUCAUCAAGCAUCAACCAAAGGAUAUGUCCAUUUACAGAACACAUCCUAACACAAGUAAUGUCUCCCUUGGGCAUUUAUCAUUGCACAAAAUGUGUAGCAAUGACAACUUACGCAAUUCCAGUUUUAGAAAGUGAACCAAUACAGUCGAUUUUGUGCCUACUCUUUCCUAAGGUGUGAAAUUGUGAUGAGUUUGAGUAGGAAGAACAAUACCUAUUGCGAGAAGGCUAGAUGAAUCUUUCUUAUAACUUGUAACUUGAGAUAUGAGAAAUACUCGACUAAUUUUUUUGCCCCCCAUUUUGAGAAGUGUCAUAAUCAAUAUGCAAAUGCUGAUCUUGUAUCAAAUAGGAAUGAAGGCUCAAUGAAUAAAAAGAGUAUUCCAAGUAAAAUUGACUAAUGACUCAAUAGCGUUUCUAAAUUUUAUGUUUAGGCACGUACAGGGGCUAUACAAAGCCAAAAGGCCUUGCCUCGCUGUUCCACUGCAAGUUGGAUACCAAAAAUAUGUCGACGGAGCGAGGCGAACCUAGAAAAAAUUAAAUGGGCCUAGACAAUCAAUAUUAAAAGAGGAAACUAACAACACCUGCAAACUAUAUAUUCUAUAUCAACCUUUAAUUUUCUUGUCGGACUUGUGAUUACUUAUUUUUCUUGCUUUUUAACUGUUACUUAAGUUAUUAAUCAUUAGAGCUGAAGUGGGAAAGUGUUGUAAAUUGUUUAUUUCAUGCAUCAUGUAGUACUUGUUGUAGUCUUUGCUUCCAGUGUCUAAACACGCUUAGACGACUCCCGGACGAAAUAGGCUAGACUACACAAUGCUCCAACGCGCACGUUGUACACCUAACACCUUUUCAAAACUUGUUUAUUUAUAUGACGAAUCAUUGAUAUGUUAUGAUAAACACUAACAAAUUGUACUCAUUAACUCACUAUUGUACUAACUUGUCCAUCAGAGUAACCACAAACGCACACAUAAUGACAUAAUCCCCCAAGCAUUAAAACUCCUCCAUAUUUUUUUUGUGAAGGGUACAGUUAAAGUCAAUAAACAUCAUCCAUUCCCCUUCCUCCCAGAAACCAAAAAAAAUGUAUCAUCCAAUUCCAAUAUCUCCACCUGUAUUUUGCUACCGAGAUGUGAAAUAGUAAUGUCACACUCAGCCUGAAGAACACGUACAGCAUUAAAUUUCUCCAUCUAAUUUCACAAUUCCGGUCCCCACCACUAUAAUGUAAAAAGGAAGAAGAGUGAAAGAAAAAAAAAACCCAACUACUCUCGUGUUCUUGAGACAGUUCUCAUUUAUAGCUUCGCGUUAAUAGCCAUGGUGUGUGUGGUGGCCGCUUUCCUCUCUACCUUUCUCCAUUUCUGUAUAUAAAAAAAACUUCCCCUUUACACACAUUUGUCUCAAUUCCCUUCCCUUCCCCGAAAAUGGAGCUCAUCGACCUCUUCCUCGCCGUCGCCUCCCUCCUCUUCCUCGCCUUCUGGUGGCGCCGCUCCUUCUCCUCCUCCCCCUCCGCCUCCAAGGCAAUCCUCCCUCCCGGCCCGCCGGGCUGGCCGUUCGUCGGCAACCUCUUCCAAAUCAUCCUCCAGCGCCGCCACUUCAUCUUCGCCAUCCCGGACCUCCGCAAAAAGUACGGCCCAAUGUUCACCAUGAAAAUGGGCCAGCGGACCCUCGUCAUCGUCACGAGCCCAGAUCUGAUCCACGAGGCCCUGGUCCAAAAGGGCUCCUCCUUCGCAUCCCGCCCGCCCGACUCACCCAUCCGACUCGUCUUCAGCAUCGGGAAGUGCGCCGUCAAUUCCGCCGAGUACGGCCCGCUCUGGCGGGCCCUCCGCCGCAACUUCGUCUCCGAGCUCAUCAGCCCGCUCCGCGUGAAGCAGUGCGGCUGGAUCCGCGACUGGGCCCUGGAGCGGCACAUGGGCCGGCUCGAGGCCGAGUCGAAGCGGGCCGGGUUCGUCGACGUCAUGGACACGUGCCGGUUCACCGUCUGCCAGAUCCUCGUCUGCAUCUGCUUCGGCGCCAAGAUCUCCGAGGAGUGGAUCCGCGACAUCGACAAUGUCACCAAGGAAGUCAUGCUCAUCACGAUGCCGCACCUCCCCGAUUUCUUCCCAAUUUUGACUCCAUUGUUCGGCAAGCAGAUGAGGAAGGCCAAGCAGCUGAGGAAGGUCCAGGUUGAGUGUCUCCUCCCUUUGAUCAACAAUCGUCGGGCCUUCGUCCAGAAGGGCGAGGGCCCGAAUUCCGAGAUGGUCAGUCCCGUCGGGGCUGCCUACGUGGACUCCCUGUUCGGCCUCGACGCGCCGGGUCGAGGCCGAUUGGGGGACCAGGAGCUCGUCACGCUCUGCACCGAGGUGUUCGUGGCCGGGAUCGACACGAGCACCAGCGUGCUGCAGUGGGUGUUCUACGAGCUGGUGGUGAACCCGGGGAUUCAGGAGAAGCUGUACGGGGAAAUUGUGGAGCGCGUGGGGAAGGAGGGGAGAAUUGGGGAGGAACACGUCGAAACGAUGCCGUAUCUGAACGCGAUUAUCAAGGAGUCGUUGAGGGUCCACUCCCCCGCGCAUUUCACGCUCUCCCACGCGGCGACGGAGGAGACGGAGCUCGGUGGGUACAGGAUCCCGGCGGAUGUGAACGUGGAGUUCUACAUCGAGUGGAUGACGGAGGAUCCGAGUCUGUGGAAGGAUCCGGAGGUUUUCCGACCCGAGAGGUUUUUGGAUGGGGACGGGGUCGGGGUUGAUAUGACGGGGACGAAGGGCGCCGUGAAGAUGCUGCCGUUCGGGGCGGGUCGGAGGACUUGUCCCGGUUUGUCUCUGGGGGUUUUGCAUGUGAAUUUGAUGCUGGCGAGGAUGGUACAGAAGUUCAAGUGGGUGCCCGUGCCCGAGUAUCCGCCCGACCCGACCGAGACGUUUGCUUUUACUGUUGUGAUGAAGAAUCCGCUCAAAGCGGUGAUAGUGCCACGGUCGUGAAUUUUGCUGUUCCUUUUGUUGUAAUAGAAUGAAAUAAACCAUGUUGUAAUAUUGUGUUUGUUUUAGGUCAUUAGAUAAGGUAUUAUAUGAUGUUGUGUGUCUAUGUUUUACGUAAUUGAAAGAAGGAUUAUUAUUAUUACUAAAAUGAUUAAGGAGUUGAUUAACUUUUUUUAUUUGGAUUUGUUUUUGUUAAUUACUUAAUUAUAUGAAAAUGUAAGAGGCUGGUGGUUGGAUUGGCUACAUUUCUUUGAAACGCUACCCCAAGUACUGAAUUCCAUAUUGAGGCGACGAAGUAAAUUUAUGUUAUGAGUGAUGUUUGUGAGCCAUAUCGUACUAACAAUCUAGUCAGAGUGUCAAUUAAUAGCCGAUUUUAUGAUAUGUAAUGACUGAAUCUCGAUUUCAACACAAAUACAUAUCGUGAUUUUUG